AAUACAUAAAUGAAGACAGAAGACAAAAUAUUAAAUGUCAUGGAUUAAUAUGUACUGAGUAAUCAAUCAAUUCUGUAGAGGAUUUGGAGAGAUUUGAAACCAAAAAACUAAGUAAUUGAGAAAGACUGCAGUGUCAUUAUUAUAUUUUUGAACAGAAAUGUGUAGGUCAUUUAGUGAAAUCAGCUGACUUUAUAUGCCAAUGGGACACUUCAAAGAUGGACAAAAUCAAAAAUUCAAGUUGGGGAAUUUUGGUUGCUUUGCCACAAACUAACCCUAUCCUAAUGAUUUCUGUGUUGUGAUGAUCACUGGGAUUGAAACAACCAAUGAAAUCUUCAGAAUCUGUGGUGGGCGGAGUUUGUGCUUGUGUUAAAAAGGUGAGGAAUAUUCACAUGAUCCUACAGGACUGGAGCAGAAGUUGAAGAGGAGGUUGACGAAAUGAGGCAUCCAAAACUAUCCAGAAUAAAACAUGAAGAUACUGAGGAACAAACAGUCUGGAUGGAAGUAAAACAGCAAAGACAUUAGAUGAAUGAAGUGGAGGAGGAACAUUGUAAAAUCAAAACUUCAAGACAAAAAUACAAACAACUUCACACCUGCUCACAGUGUGGAAAGAGUUUCAGACACAAAGGAAACCUUAAUACGCACAUGAGGAUCCACACUGGAGAGACACCAUACACUUGCUCUCAGUGUGGAAAGAGUUUCAAACGCAAAGAAAACCUUAAGACACACACAAGGAUCCACACUGGAGAGAAACCAUACACUUGCUCUCAUUGUGGAAAGAGUUUCAAACGCAAAGAAACCCAUAAGACACACACAAGGAUCCACACUGGAGAGAAACCAUACACUUGCUCACAGUGUGGAAAGAGUUUUACUGCAGCACAAAAUCUCCAUUAUCAUCUGCGCAUUCACUCUCGAGAAAAUCCUUUUAACUGUGAUCAGUGUGGUAAAAAGUUUAUUUCAUCAUCAAGUCUAAAAUCACACCAGAAAUUUCAUUCAGAUGAGAAGCCUCAUGUGUGUUCUUUCUGUGGAAAGAGUUAUUCACGGCUGGACAGUUAUAAAAAGCACCAGAAAACACAUAAUGAAGUGAGAGAACACAUGUGUUUUGAGUGUGGAAAGAGCUUUACUACAAGUGUACAUCUUAAACAGCACCAAAGAAUUCAUACUGGAGAAAAACCUUACAAGUGUUCAUAUUGUGACAAGAGUUUUACUCAGCCUGCACACAUGAAAACCCAUGAGCGAGUUCAUACUGGAGAGAAGCCGUAUCACUGUACUCAGUGUGGAAAGAGUUUUGCCACUACAACAGGUCUCAGUGUUCAUCUGCACAUUCACUCUGGAGAAAAGCCUCACUUGUGUUCUUUCUGUGGAAAGAGUUUUUCACGACUGGACGUUUGCAAACGGCACCAGAAAACACAUUCUGAAGUGAGAAAUCACAUGUGUUUUGAGUGUGGGAAGACUAGACUUUACUAG